AUGGAUUCAAUUGAUACUAGGAGAGACCCGACAACUCACAUGGUAGAGGUCAAUUUCGAGUCGCACGCUGAAGCCGAGACUCUCGACGUCUCGCAUGUAAAAUUGAGCAACACAUACCCGGAGCCAGGAUCAACUGGCAUAUCACCACGCUUAACCUUCGGUGUGGAAUUGGAGAUCGCUGUUGGUACUUUAAGGGACAUAUGCCAAAACCCAACACCAAGAGAUGGCCGUAUAGUCUACGGGGUUGGUCGUUCUGCCAACUCACCUCCGUUGCAGUAUGAUCCAAGACCAGCAAACUUUGGCGAGAGUUCCCUCGCAGAACGCUCGUAUAGAGCUAAGGGCCGUUUUUGUGUGUAUGAAAAUAUUACACAAACCCUUAACUGCGCUGGGUUCCCAGCUAUACAUAUGGAGGAUGCAGAAUAUCAGAAAGAUGGAUAUACUACUGAAAUGACCAGCAAGUGGAUCAUCGGGACUGACAUCAGUAUUGACCUCCCAGAUGAGUCAAUCUACGACUACCAUAAGCUCGAGAUCAAAUCUCCAGUUUAUUACUUCAGCGAGGAAGCGCUAAGCGAUGUUAAACGGGUUUGGGAGAUCAUCGUCUCCACUUAUAAAGUCGUCACAAACGAAUCGAUGGGCUUGCAUGUUCAUGUCGGCAACGGAGUUGAUGCUUUCGACGGCGAUACUUUAAGGAAUUUGUGGGGCAUUCUCUGGACUACAGAGAAAUGGAUCGAGACUAUUCACCCUCCGCAUCGCAGAGUCAAUUCAUUCUGCCAAAGCUUCCAUCGCUGUUCCAAUUCGGGACGCGAGAUCGGAGAACAAUCUCUCAAAGACCCAGGAGAAGAGGUACUCGAAUGGAUCUUAACCAGGACGCCUCCAACAGUGCGCGAAUUCCUCGACACUAUCUGCAUGCAAAGCGGGGCUUACAACUUUGUCAAUUUACAACCAAGUCAAAACGUCGGAAGUAUCAAGCGUACGAUUGAGUUUCGCCAGCAUGUGGCAACGCUCGACACAGAACGAAUCACACAAUGGAUCAGGGUAUGCGUAGGACUAGUCAAAGCAUCCGUAACUGCAAAUCCCUCAGUACUGGAUCCAUAUCUGCGACUCUUGAUUCAGACAAAGAAAGAAAAGCUUCGUGUAUGGGACAUUUUUAAAGAGCUUGGGCUUGAGAGUUCAGGAGUUUAUUACAAGGCUCGGAUGUUAAGAGAGAGACCGGUGGGAAUCGUAGUCAAGGAAUUGUGGAAGAAGACGACGAGAUUUGUCAAAAGAUAA